GGCUGCUGGCCAAGAUGUUGAUCGGCCGCGAGGCCCAGAUCUACAAGGACUUCGACAGUUGGCCAUCGUGGCGCAAGUUCAAGGUCGACAGAGUGAUCCCCGAGUCGGACGACAUCUACUCGUUCUACCUGGUGCCGCUGGACGGCAAGAAGCUGCCCAAGUUCUUCCCCGGCCAGUACGUGUCGCUGCGAAUACCCACGCCCGACGGCUACAUGCAGGCGCGCCAGUACUCGCUCAGCGAGUCCUGGAGGGAGGACUACUACCGUAUCAGCGUCAAGCGCGACGAGGGGGCGCUCUACGCCAACUCGGUCUCCACGUCCUACUUCUACCCGGGGCUCGUGUCUAACAUGCUCAUCGACCACAUGACACCCGGCUCCACCGUCGAGCUGUCCCACCCGGCCGGCGAAUUCUUCCUCGACGUCAACAACACCAGCACGAUGCCGAUCGUGCUGAUCUCGGCCGGCGUCGGUGUCACGCCCAUGGUGGCCAUCGCCAACACCGUCGCCCAGACCCAGCCCGGGCGGCCCGUUUCGUGGAUCCACAGCUCCCGGCACAGCGUGCCAUUUGCGGAGCACCUGGCGCAGCUGCAGCGAGAGAACCCCAACUUCCGCACCUGCAUUUUCAAGACACGAGUGACCAGCAGCGACGUCGCGGGCGUUACGUACGACUACGGCUGCCGCAUGGACCUCGCCAAGCUCGACCCGCAAGACCUGCACCUGCAGAACAGCGGGACCGAGUACUACAUCUGCGGCCCGGAGCAGUUCAUGCUCGACAUCUCUGAGUACCUCGAGGCACGGGGCGUUGCGGCGGCGCGCAUCAAGCUGGAGCUCUUUUCAACGGGCGAUUUGACGCUCAAACACAAAUGAGGAGGGAGUUGGAUGAUGGACUGGGGCUUGAGAUGACUUGAGGAGUGUGUUGUGCUUGCGCCAGUAUUCUUUUUGCUGUUAUUUGAAGGGCUAAACGGUCAAGAGCUCACGUCUCAGGGCAC